GCCGGGGGCAAACAAACGAAACUCACAAACAGACGACGGAGACAAACAAGUCAUCUGCUGCAGUAAGAACUUCUAACCUUACCACAGCUGUGCAAUCAAUCAAAAUGCCGAGGAAGUCCGUUGCGCUCCUCCCUCUCGCGGCCACAGUGGCCGGGGCCGUGGUGCCCCCCCCCCCGAAGCGCGGAAGUUGAUGUGGGCGGGAAACGAAGUGUCGGGAUCGAUGAUGCAGGUGGAUAAGAAGAAGGCGACGCAAAAAUCAUGCACGGAAGAGGACCUCAAGAAGGUACUUGCUUACUACUUGCUGUCUUGCCAUAGUUGGGCAUGUUGUAAUUGUUGGCUUGGCAGCCGCAUCGAUUCCAAUUUAGUAUUCAGAGUGCGACACACAGGCACAGGCACACACACUCUCUGCCAUUGGAUGGUCGAUGCCCUGAAUGUCGAUCGAAAAGAUGCUCUCCCAGCGGGCGUUCUGGGCGCCUGCUCGAUUGGGGUGGUAGAACUAAAAGAAUGAACGGCGCGAACGCUCUUGAUCAUGAAAGCAUGGAAAAUGAACCCAAAUCUCCGGAAUAAACAGGUUGUGGGCCGGGGUUGCUGGUGUGAACGCAGCCCUGAUAGUGGUUCGGGGUGCGCUGAUGGUGGUUAUGAGUGGAUGAGCAAGGAACAGGCUCAAGGGGAUGGCAACUGCUUGAGCCUGCGGGAGCGCGCCCAGUACGGCUAUUGCGAUCACACGGGGCCUUAUUGCACGGAAAAAUGUGAAGCUAGGUAAGCCUUUCUACCGACAUGUGAAGGUGGGUAUGGAAGCUAGAAAAGCCUUUCUACCCAGGUUUUUUCUUCAAGUGGUAAUAUAUUAGAUAUGACACUACUAAUAAGUACAAAUAAACAUACAAACAAUAACAGACAAAGCAAACAAUCAGUGCGAUCUCGAAAGUCCAAACUUGCACUCGUCUACCUCUUUAAACUUAUUUCGAUUAUUUGUUCCUUGCGAAGAUUGUAGACAUAAGAUUUCGGGGAAGUUUUAUCCAAAAUAAACCACAACCAUUAUCAUCAGACGAAACGGCGGCAUUGGCAGUAUUAUCUUUUUAGGACCACGAUAAUUGCUAUUGCAGUAGACAUCAGACGAGCGUUCGCAGCUUUAUCCUUAUCGAAUGCACACCGAAGAACCGAUAAGAAUAAAGCCCGAACCGCAGUAAGUACGCACGCUGAAGUGCAUCCUGCAGCUGCAAUUGCCUUGAAGGAGAUCAUCCAUGGAUUUACGCUUUACUUUUUGUGCACCUAUGAAAAAAUCAGAAUGUAGUCAUCGCAUAUCAAUAGCCUUUUCGCCACGGCACAUCUUUUCACAAGAAGUUUGUCCUUCAUGAAUAUGAAUUUCAGUUCGCUUUAUUUUUUUACCCAACCCCUCCGGAAUACGGUCUGUAAGUUUUACAACUACGGCUCCACUCCCAUGUCUUUGACUUGAUUCAUAAGUGCAUGGCCUGCCUGGGACCAACCUUACAUUAAUAUUUCAUUUGGUCACGUCGUAGCCCGUCGCCGUCUACCCAACAUGUGAGAAGUUUUUUUAGGCGGAAUAAGUAAGAAGCAAAGGGAGCAGGAGCAUAUACACAGCUAAGAAAUGAAGCACAGGAUGGGGCAUAGGCAUAGCGGUUCUUCAUUUCAUUUCCCUCUCGUUGAGAAAUAUUUUAUUUCGAAUACAACAACCAGGUCGAGGUCUUCGCUUUUACUACUGUAGUACUCGCUGUGCUUCGACCGCGCCGCUGUGAAUGAAUUUUAUUUAGCCUCAAACAACACUCACGCGCUUCCAUCUCCAUUUCCUACAGCCCCAGAGUUAAGUAUCACUUUUUCGUGCGGGUGAAAUAUUGGAAAAACGCAAAAAAAUUGCAUAUGAGAAAAGCACAAAAAAAUUACAUAUCACAAAAACGCAAAAAAAUUACAUAUGAAAAAACACAAACGCAUCAAGCUCUAAGCUUUACAACUACGACUCUACUCCCACUUUGAUGCCUUUGACUUGAUUCGUACGUGCAUAGCCUGCCUGGGACCUAUUUUACAUUAUUUCACUCUGUCACGUCGUAGCCCGUCGCCGUCUACCCAACAUGUGAGAUGUUUUUUUGGCGUUUUUAAAAAGCAAAAGGAGCACGGGCAUAACACAGCUAAGAAGCGAAGCAGAGGACGAGCUAUAGGCAUAGCGCUUCCUCAUUUCAUUUCCCUCUCGUUGAGAAAUAGUUUAUUUCAAAUACAACCAGGUCUUCGCUUUUUACUAGUGUAGUGCUCGCUGUGCUUCGACCGCGGCACUGUGACUGAAUUUUAUUGAGCCUCAAACAAGAACACUCACGCUUUUCGCUCUCCAUUGCCCAUAAGAUACCAAUACGUCACCCCGCUUUGACUAU